AUCUAACAACCAGUAGGUAAACAAUCUUGUACCUCUAUAACAAUCUCACACCCAAGACAAAGUUGUGAACUUGCUCUAUCCUGGAGGGUGAAUCUUUUGUGGGUUUUGUGUUUGAGGUUUUGUUUCAAGAAACACGAAACGUUAGAAUGAAGAGUUUUAUAUGUGCUUGUGUCAUUCUAGCAUUAUGUUCUUUUUCAGUUGCAUUUGAUCCUCUAGAUCCAAAUGGAAACAUAACGAUCAAAUGGGAUAUAAUGUCAUGGACUGCGGAUGGUUACGUUGCAGCGGUUACAAUGAACAAUUUCCAGAUGUAUCGCCAUAUCCAGACUCCAGGUUGGACACUAGGAUGGACAUGGGCUAAGAAAGAAGUGGUAUGGUCCAUGGUUGGGGCUCAGACGACCGAACAAGGAGAUUGUUCAAAGUUCAAAGCGAAUGUGCCACAUUGCUGUAAGAAGACUCCUACGGUAGUGGACUUGCUACCCGGUGUUCCAUACAACCAGCAAUUCUCUAACUGUUGCAAAGGCGGGGUUGUAGCGGCAUGGGGUCAAGAUCCAUCUGCUGCAGUCUCAGCCUUCCAAAUCAGCGUUGGGCUAGCUGGAACGACAAACAAGACAGUCAAACUACCAAAGAAUUUCACGCUUUUAGGUCCUGGACCAGGGUAUACAUGUGGACCUGCAAAGAUUGUUCCUCCAACAACUUUUCUCACCCCUGAUCGCCGAAGAAAAACUCAGGCAUUAAUGACAUGGAACGUGACCUGCACGUAUUCGCAGUUUUUGGCUUCAAAACAUCCAAGUUGCUGCGUGUCUUUCUCAUCAUUCUACAAUGAAACUAUAACGGCUUGUCCUACUUGUGCAUGUGGUUGUGAAAAUAAGAAAAAAUGUGUCAAGAGUGACUCUAAGCUUCUAAGUGUUGUUGGAGUAAAUACCCCGAAAAAGGACAAUUCACCAUUGCUUCAAUGCACUCGUCAUAUGUGUCCCGUGAGGGUUCACUGGCAUGUAAAGCAAAACUACAAAGACUACUGGAGAGCAAAGGUAGCAGUAACAAACUUCAACUACAGAAUGAACUACACCCAGUGGACGCUUGUGGUUCAACAUCCUAAUCUCAAUAACGUUACUCAAGUCUUCAGCUUUGACUACAAGCCACUCGUUCCAUACGAAUCUAUAAACGAUACGGGUAUGUUCUAUGGGAUGAAGUUCUUCAAUGACCUACUAAUGGAAGCAGGGCCAACAGGUAAUGUACAAUCAGAGGUGCUACUACAAAAAGACCAAAACACAUUCACUUUCAAGCAAGGAUGGGCGUUCCCUAGAAAAGUCUACUUUAAUGGUGACGAGUGUAUUCUACCUCCACCGGAAUCAUACCCAUUCUUACCAAAUUCUGCACAUGCAUACCCAGUUGGUCCAUUAACAUUAUUGGUUUCUUUGGUUGUUUUGUUACUCAUUUAAGGCCAAUACCAAUUUUACUUUGCACUUUGUUAGUGGUUCAAGCUUUGAAGCUAAAGAAUGACACAAGAAACACAGAGUCCAGUCAAGGUAUAGAAAGUGUCGAUCAUAUUGAAAGAACACAAGAUACUGUAUUACAAAGAUUUUGUAUAUUGUUAAUAUAUCCGAUUUAAAGCAACAAAAGUUACCAAAGGAAGUUAAUAAAUUGAGUAUUAUAUUA